AGAGUGCUAAACGUGUUCUGUUGUGGGUGUGGGAUGCGCUUUACAGACCCGAGCGGAUUCAGGACCUUGCGAAACAGCUAACCACCAGUUAGCGGACAGGCGUCAACGUCUAAUCACACGUCCAGAGAAGGGUUGUUCCUUGAUCAGCCUCAGUAUGUUUUACACUUGUGGCCCCAACGAGGCAAUGGUGGUGUCCGGCUUCUGCCGCUCACCCCCCGUGAUGAUCGCCGGAGGCCGGGUCUUCGUCCUCCCCUGUGUGCAGCAGAUCCAGAGGAUGACCCUGAACACCAUGACACUGAACGUGAAGAGUGACAAAGUGUACACGCGUCACGGUGUUCCCAUCUCUGUGACUGGCAUCGCUCAGGUGAAGAUUCAGGGGCAGAAUAAGGAGAUGCUGGCCGCGGCCUGCCAGAUGUUCAUGGGCAAGACGGAGAGCGAGAUCACCCAUAUCGCCCUGGAGACCCUGGAGGGCCACCAGAGGGCCAUCAUCGCUCACCUUACCGUCGAGGAGAUCUACCAGGACCGGAAGAAGUUCUCCGAGCAGGUCUUCAAGGUGGCCUCGUCUGACCUGGUCAACAUGGGAAUCAGCGUGGUCAGCUACACGCUGAAAGACGUUCACGAUGACCAGGACUACCUGCACUCUCUGGGAAAGGCCAGGACGGCCCAGGUGCAGCGGGACGCCAGGAUUGGGGAGGCGCAGUACAAGAGGGACGCCGUCAUCAGGGAGGCCCAGGCCAUGCAGGAGAAGGUCUCUGCGCAGUACGUGAACGAGAUCGAGAUGGCCAAAGCUCAGAGGGACUACGAGCUGAAGAAGUCCACCUACGACAUCGAGGUCAACACCAAGAAGGCGGAGUCAGAGAUGGCCUAUCAGCUGCAGGUGGCGAAGACGAAGCAGCGCAUCGAGGAGGAGAAGAUGCAGGUGCAGGUGGUGGAGCGCUCGCAGCAGAUCAUGCUGCAGGAGCAGGAGAUCACGCGUCGGGAGAGGGAGCUGGAGGCCCGGGUCAAGAAGCCGGCCGAGGCCGAGAAGUACCGUCUGGAGAGGCUGGCCGAGGCCGAGCGUCUGCAGCUCAUCAUGGAAGCAGAGGCUGAGGCCGAAUCCAUCAGAGUGAAGGGCGAGGCCGAGGCCUUCGCGGUGGAGGCUAAGGGGCGGGCGGAUGCGGAGCAGAUGUCUAAGAAGGCGGAGGCGUUCCAUCAGUAUAAGGACGGGGCCAUGGUGGACAUGCUGCUGGAGAAGCUGCCCCUGAUAGCGGAAGAGAUCAGCAGGCCGCUCUGCGCCACUCAGAAGCUGACCAUGGUGUCCAGCGGCGGCUCGGAGGUGGGCGCGGCCAAGCUGACCGGAGAGGUGCUGGAGAUCAUGACCCGGCUGCCCGCGGCCGUGGAGAAGCUCACCGGGGUCAACAUCUCGCAGGUGACAGGUAGCUCAACCCGCAUGGGCUGAGUAAGAGAAGGCUCCUCUGCGUAAUCAGUCUGCAAUCACCGGCCUCAUGCCCGUUAUCAUUUCCUUAAUGUAGUACACUUGUGAUGUCAUAGCAGCCACCUUCCACGACUCUGUCCGUCUUUCUGUGACCGCGCCUCCAGGGACCACUUGUGGGGGUGCUCUGCAUCGUACUGUGUUUGGUUUUUGUGUGCCAUUUUGAAUUCUGCUUAUUCAGAUAUUCCUGCUUUUUUAAACCGUCCUGUUUGAAAUAUACGAGUAGCCACGUUGUGUUGUAGAACGCUGGUAUAUAGGCCAGCCAUAUCGGAUCACUUAUAUACAGCCAGGCCUCGGUCUGCCAUAUCACUCAGUCUGCGCGCUCGCACACCUGGGCAGUUCCCUGCAGGUUCCGCAGGAGCCUGGUUUCAGUUGCGGUCGUUUCAUUCACAGUAAAAUGCAUGAAUAUAAGAGCAAGAGAGAUUAAAAAAACAGGGUAGCGAAGAGGUGGAUUUGAAAGAAACUUGUUUUAGCCUGUUCUGGAAAGUAAAAAAAAAAAAAAAAAAGUGAAGUGAACUGGGGCCAUGGGUGGGAUCAUAUUCCCCAUUUUGUUUCCAUUUCCGACUUUCAGCCCAGCAUUCCUGCAGCUCGUUUGCCU